CUGUCAUUAAAACAUCAAUAUUGAAGAUUGAUGAAAUAAAAAAGGUAUUAGUUAAAAAGAAAAACGUGGGAAAUACUACUUGUUAAUUAAAAAGACGUCGCAAAUCUAAAAGUUUUGCGUCGUGAACGUGAAUUCAGUAUGGCUAAACGACAAGGCAAAGUAUAUUUAGGUUAUGAAGAAGAAAUCAUUGGAGAGAAGAACCAAGCUCUUCUGAAUUACAAAGUGAACAAAAUUGGUGGUUUCCCCAACUGGCCACCACUAGAUAAUUUAAACUAUUCUUCGAAAUGUCCAUUAUGUGGAUUGCACCGAAUGCUGAUUGUCCAAUGCUAUGCCCCGCUGGAAAACUCUGCUUACCACAGAACAUUGUAUGUGUUUGCCUGUAUUAGUCCAAAUUGCUGGAAUCUAUCAGAAGGUUGGGAAUGUGUCCGAAGCCAAAUCCAAGAAUCAAUGGUAACAAAGAAGGAUAGCAUUACUGUAACAGAAAGUGCUGCUAACCUUGCCUGGUGCAAUGCAGCUGAUGAAUGGGAUGAGAACGACAAUGGUGACUCUACUAAUGGAAAUGUUAUGAAUGUUGACAAUGAACCAGCUAACAAUGGCAUGAGGAACUCUGAUGAUGAUGAGAGCAAUUCCUAUGAGUUGGAGACUGUUGAACAAGCAUUGGGAAACCUCCAAAUGUUUGAUGCUCAUAAUGCCAACAUGUCCCCUCAAGGGGCUGUGGGCUCAAACUGCGGUCCAGAAGCGGCAGCAGAGUUAGAAGGAGGAGAUGAGCCAGGCCUAGUUAUUGUGGAGACUCCCACUGCCACCAUGAGUGAUAUAGAAGCAUUACUGCAUCAGACCGCGGAGCUACCUAUAGAAUUAAGAAAUAAGCUGUUGCGAGCACCAAUGCAAUUCAUUCCAAAGUAUAUUUACGUAGAAGAGGAAUACAAGAACUCUUGCCUUAACGAUGAUCGUGUCACUGAACUUCUUGAUAAAUAUAAAAAUGAAAAUGAAAUAGAUUUAGGUGGGUUUGCGGAGAGGGGGGCGUGUGCGGGGGCUGGAGGCGGAGACGAGGAGGUGUAUGAAGAGGCUGCCCCCCUGCAUGGUGACAAGCUCUUCCACGCGUUUGUCACACGAUUGAAGAAUAACCCAGGACAAAUACUAAGAUAUACCCGAGACGAGGCUCCCAUACUCGGCGCACCUUUGACUAACUCCGCGAUACCCGAGUCACCGAGCGUGCCCAAUGUUUGCAACCGCUGUGGAUCCAGACUUAUCUGUGAACUACAAUUAGUACCAGAAUUCGCCGAUGCACUGAAAAUCUCACCCAAUGAUAUAUUGUUGUCGCAUCUACAUUUCCUCUCCGUACUUAUUUUCACGUGCUCACAAAGUUGCUGGCAGGCAAUGGACACUGUUGUCAAUGAAAUUGUCGUCUUCCAACCAGAAAUCGUUUAAUUAGAAUUAGUCGGGGUUGUCACAUUUUGCCUUUCUUCUUGUGGUAGAAUUUAAUUAAUUAUGCCUUAUACCUUAGGUUAAGAUCAUUUUCUGCUUUCUUUUAGGGAAUAAAUGUAGUAUAAAAAAAAUACUCAAAUAAUCAAGGUAUCUGCAGAAAUCUGCUUGAUGUGGAACGGGGGAGAGUGGUUAACCGUGACGAGGUACUGAUCGUGUUCAACUUUUAACACCAACUCGCCUUCGAACACUUGAAUACUAGCUCAGCGCAAUCUAUAGAAAAUAUUUAUAGCGUCCUUAAUAUGAAAAUUAUAUCGUCCAUUAUUAGCUUGUAUGAAAUAGUAUCAGUGAAAUGAGUUUUACUUUGAAAAAAUCUAGUAUUUACUACUAAAAAAUAUUUACAAAGCUAAAACUUUUUUUUUAUUAUUAUUGAUGCAAAAAUAAACACCAAAUGACUUAUGAAUUAUGUUUGGAUCGGGACAUCAGAAAAAAACGUCCAAAUGGAAACAAUUGAGAUUGUAAGAUUUUACCAAAAAUCUAAAAAAAUAAUAUCCAAUACUCUGUUAUUAGAUGGUGUUUUUAUUAUUACUAUUACUACGACUUCGUUAUUUUAAAAUUUUUAUGUAUAAUUUUAGAUUAGAUUGUAUGGAAGAAAUGUUUUACGUCUUUUAUUUGUUUUAAAUUAUAAGUCACAUGGAUUAAAAUAAUCCAUAAUACUUGUGUAUCUAGUCAGUUCCUUUUACAUUGCAUUUAUAGAUUCAAUUUAUUACAUGGUUAUUGUAUAAGUUAAAAUAAGUCUAAUUAAAUUAGUUACAAUGAUAACUAUAGCAACUUUAAUAUUUGCUCAUUUAGUUUUUUUUUUUAAUUAUAGGAAUUCAUAUUAUGGAUAUGACCGAUAGAUUUUUAUCAAUUUCUCUCUUGUUGAUACCACAUACAUACAGAUUCAUCAGCAGCACUCUUUAUUCAGUGUGUUAAAAUUGUUCUGGUCUAGUAUUAAUUACUUUAUUAAUUGAGCCAUUGACGAGAACGAUGUUAGCCGGAUUUAGAAGUAAUACUGUAGCUGAUUAAAAAAUCUCUAUUUUUUAAGUUUGUUACUUUGUUUCUCAUUUUAACUGUUGAUAAUAGACUAUUGUUUCGUUGCUUUAAAAAUAAAAAAUAAAUUAAAUGUUUUUGUUUGAAAGACGUUUUAAAAUAUAAAUAAAUCAAUGCCGUAGGUAUCGUAGCGUGUCUGCUUACUGGAUUUAAAGGUUUUAAUGUAGCAAGAUUAGAGAAAUCAUACAACUAAUUAAAAAGUUAACAUGAAAUUCCAAGUACAGCAGCGAAUAUCUUUUAAUAUUUUCUAAUAUUAUUUUACGGUACGUUCACCUACUCUUAAAAACGAGUUUUAUUCUUUAUCUAUAGUUAUCAAUAAAGUUUAAAGAAUAUUCUUUUGUUAUUACUACAAUCAUCUCACAGCUUAGUAACACCCUGCUUUAGCCAAGAUCGUUGAUACGGACCUCGAUUCUAGUCAUUGCC